UCUGUUCUGUGUUUUUAACCAAUGAUUUCACUCACCCAUUUUUUGUGAGGGAUUAAUAUUACAACUUUUUAUUAACAUCUUUCGUUUUUAUUCAUCGUACAAAUUUAUUUUAAGAAAUUCGACAAUACCUCCAAAUAAAUAAAUAUAAGAUGACUGCUGCUCCUGGAUCUGCUAUGGACUCUUUGAGUGCUGCGUUGAAAUGCAACAUAAUACCCAAUCAAGAAUAUCUUCUCCAAGGUUCAGUUCUUGACCAAUACGUUGAAGUUUUAUUGCACAGACUACGAGGGCUUUGCGAUAAUGUUGACAGUGGUCCCGAAUCAUUCCAUGAUCACGAACUAAGUUUUGCUCUAAGAGCUCAAGGAACGGGAGCUGCACCAAUGGUAUUGCCUUUGAGAGUCAGAAGAGCACUAGAUGUGCCAGAAUCCCCUUGGCAACUUCGGUAUGUUGGACAACAGGAACUUGGUGAUAAGAACAGACCCACUAUAGUAAGAUCAAGCAUCGACAUGGCUUGCAGUUCAACUGUUGUUGAGUUUUUAACUGAACUGGGAUGUCGUAUGGAUUUUGAAUAUAUUGCUAGAGGUUAUAUGUUCAGAAAAGGACGAAUGAAGAUAACUGUAUCAAAGAUAUUCAAAAUGGGUAAUAUGAAUAGUAAACCAGGUGAGGGAGUGGAACCUAUCUCACAAAGUUACUUAGUGGAAUUGUCUGUUUUGGCACCAACCGGACAAGAUGCUAUUGCUGAAGAUAUGAGGGUAUUCGCAGAACAACUUAAACCUUUAGUGCAGUUAGAGAAGAUUGAUUAUAAAAGACUUGGGACUAUGGCAUAACUUCAAUGAUUUCACUUAUUACAUUUAUCAUAUCACCAUUAGAAUUUCUAGUAUUCAAUAAAAUAAUUAUUUUCUUUUUCUAAA